UAGGCAAUGGAGGCAAUUUUGGCCCUCCGAAAAAUAGUUACCCCCUCUGGUCCGAAGGACAAAGUCCACCCACGAAUGUGCAGAUGCGAUUGCAAUCAGAAGCCAAAAGACUUCUACAAGUUGUGGGCACUGGAGUCAUUGGAACGCAUCGCGGAUGAGGCCCUCCGGGAGUAUUUUGUGGACCUUGAUGUCCCGUUAUCGGAGGGCAACGAGUACAUGCCAAUAAGGCACAUGGAGGAUCGGUCGGAUUGGGGCUUAGGUGCGAGGCAAAAAAUGAGAAGCUUGAAGGAGAAAAGAGCCUAUGGUGGCACGAAGCGGAUGUGCACCGCCGCUGCUUUAGUUGAUGAGUUGAUGGAUAAAGGGGACGACCAUGGUCAAGGCAGUGAACAGCUAUUGGACCAUGGGCCGACAACUCCAGAACCACCCACCGGUCCUUCUCAGAUGCAGAGUGCAAACGACCCAUCGUUUACAGAAGCGACGACAGGUCCUCAAGCACCGAUCGGUCCAGCCCAACCACAGACAGCUAACGAGCCGGCGUUUACGGAAGCGAUGACAGGUCCUAAAGCACCGAUCGGUCCGACUCCACCUGGUAGUGGUCUAAUUGGUUUUUGGUCAUUAGAGGGUCAGGACAUUUGUAUUAUAGGCGGUCCAUCUAAUGGUGCUGGUCUGAAGCACGAUGAUGCUGAUGUUGGACAGCAUCAUGAACCUGGUGUUGACAUUGACGAUGACGUUCUUGGUGCUGACGGAGAGCACGUAACUCAUGUACAUGACAUCGUCGAAGAAGUUGUGGCAGUGGAUGUCACCUUUCAAUCAACUGAUGCUGAAGGAGAGCAUCUUCCUCCGGUCGAUGCAUUCGUCGACGCAGCAGCAGGAGCUAUCGUUCCUUAUCGUGAGAGCACUCCUGAUGCAGUUGAGAUACGGUCGUCGUCACUAGAGUCAUCUGCUGUCCAUCAUGGUGCAGCAGAAAUUUCAGACCCAAUUGAGCGGGCACAACUGAAAAUGGCAAGCAAAUACAUGGCAAGUCUAUUCGUUGACCCCUUAGUGACCCGUCUAGAUGUGAGGGAUAAAAUCAUAGAAGACUACGAAGCUUUCAAGAAAAAGGAGUCCGCGAGGCGUAACGUCGGCAUCUUAGGGGAUCAAGGGGCUGACUUUUCAUAACCUUAGAAGAUCCCAAUGAGGAAAUGACAAGUGAACAUAUCGACGCAUGACUCAGCCUACUUUGCAAGGGAAUGACAGGGCCGAAGUCGAAGUUGUACACUACCCGUGCAUGCAUGGUUGACACGAUAUUCUUCAUAAGUUUAUUUGAAAAUUGUUUAAUUCUAUAAAUACUAAGUUUUUGAUUGCAUGAAGUGUAAGCUAAUGUUUACAUGUUUCACAGGACACCAUUCGUAUGCUACACACCGAAUUUUUAACAGAAAAUGCCCGAGCCAAAAUGCAAAUUCGAGAUGAGUUGCAAGACUAUGUGGAGGGUGAAAAGCCAAUGUACGCCAAAAAAUAUGAAGAUGUUGAUUUCAUCCUCGCGCCUUGCAACAUUGGUGGGCAUUGGGUGGUUGCGAAGAUCGACUUGGUGAGGUGGACGAUCAAGGUGGUGGACUUAGCAAGAACUAUGGAUGCUAAGGAUAACGGAGUUUGUACGGGUCAGAUGACACCCUUGACAACAAUGAUGCCAUUCAUCUGCCACCAAGCCGGUUAUUUCAACAACAUACGUCAGAAGAGAUGGGAUUUGACGCCGAUGCCAUUGGAUAUUCAUUUACCAAAAUCUAAAGUGCAUUAGCAGAAUGAUAGUGUCAGCUGCGGUAUGUUCAUGAUAGGGUACAUCGAGCAUAUUUUGCAAUCAGAAAAGAUCAGAAUUAAGUAGAAUAUGAUUGCAAAAAUGCAUCGGCAAUAUGCUCUGAAAAUUUUUUCCAACAGU